AAGGUGAUGGUUGGAUUCGACGAUACCGGUGAACUUUAAAAAUUUUGGCGCCAAUACUAAUUUAAGAUAUUUGUAGCAGUUUAAAAAUGAAUAAGAGCAAACAAUUCAAAGGUCCACCCCCAAAAAGAUUUAAAUCACAAGAUGACGAUGAUGAGAAUGAAGUACCGUGUAGUUUUGAGGAUACUCUUGCAGGAAUGGAGGUUGAAUUUGAUUCGCCUAAAGUUAUUGGUGAAGGCCCAGAGAAUCAGUCUACUAAUAUUAAAUGGUCUCGUCCAAACCCACCUCAGUUGGAUCCUAAAAAAGAUAUCCUAGUAUUUCAACAACUAGAAAUUGACCAUUACAAUGGUCAACCAAUGCCUGGUAUGCCUGGAUCGCAAUUAGGGCCUGUACCAAUCAUGAGAAUGUAUGGUGUUACAAUGGAUGGAAACUCUGUGUGCUGUCAUGUCCAUGGAUUCACUCCGUAUUUCUAUGUCACUGUUCCUCCUAACUUCACUGACUCCAUGUGUCUUGAUAUGAAAACCAAUCUUAACAAAGUUAUAUUAGAAGAUUUGCGUUCUAACAAAGACAAUAUUCGAGAAACGGUUUUAGAAGUGCGUUUGAUGCAAGCUCGUUCCAUUAUGUAUUAUAAAGGUGAUCAAGAUAUUAGGUUUGCCAGGGUAUCUGUGGCCUUGCCAAGGUUAAUAGCUGCAGCAAAGCGCCUUAUUGAAAAACAGCCACCAUCCUUUGGUUUAAUGGACCCAUCUUUUUAUGAAACUAACAUAGAUUUUGAUAUCAGGUUCAUGGUAGACACUAAUGUAGUGGGUUGUAGCUGGAUAGAAUUACCAGUUGGAAAGUGGUUGAUCAGAUCUAAAGACAGCAAAGCAAAACCGGAAUCAAGAUGUCAAAUUGAAGUUGAUGUUGCUUGGAACAGUUUUAUUGGACAUCAACCUGAAGGUGAAUGGUCUAAGGUAGCUCCAUUUAGAAUAUUGAGUUUUGACAUUGAGUGUGCUGGCAGGAAGGGUAUUUUCCCUGAACCUAAUCAUGACCCUGUAAUCCAAAUUGCUUCUAUGGUAAUCAGGCAAGGUGAAACUGAGCCAUACCUCAGAAAUGUGUUUACAUUAAAUACAUGUGCCCCUAUAGUUGGUUCCCAAGUUCUUAGUUUCCAAUCAGAAUCAGAAAUGCUUGCUAGAUGGGCUGACUUUUUUAGAGAGUUAGACCCUGAUAUAAUAACAGGAUAUAACAUUAGUAACUUUGAUUCGCCAUAUCUCAUUAAUCGUGCAAAACAUUUAAAGGUUGUUAAUUUUGACUUUUUGGGUCGAAUAAAGAAUAUAAGAUCAGUUAUUAAAGAUUCAGUUUUACAGUCAAAACAAAUGGGGCGGAGAGAGAAUAAAAGUAUUAACUUUGAAGGUAGAGUUCCUUUUGACCUGUUACUUGUGCUUGUUAGGGAUUAUAAAUUAAGAUCUUAUACUUUAAAUGCUGUGAGUUAUCAUUUUCUACAAGAACAAAAAGAAGAUGUGCAUCACAGUAUUAUUUCUGACUUACAAAACGAAAAUGAGCAAACAAGGCGAAGACUAGCCAUGUACUGUCUAAAGGAUGCAUAUUUACCACUGAAAUUAUUAAAUAAGUUAAUGUGUAUAAUUAAUUACAUGGAGAUGGCAAGAGUAACAGGAGUCCCGUUAGUAUGUUUGCAAACAAGAGGCCAGCAAAUCAAAGUUGUAAGCCAACUACUACGGAAAGCUAAAGAGGCAGGAUAUUUAAUACCAGCUUACCAUGGCCAAGGAUCAGAUGAUCAAUUUGAAGGAGCAACAGUAAUUGAACCUAAAAGAGGUUACUAUGCUGACCCCAUAUCUACUUUAGAUUUUGCUUCCCUAUACCCAAGCAUAAUGAUGGCUCAUAAUUUAUGUUAUACAACACUAGUUCCUCCAAACAUGCAGAAAGAUUUAAAUUUAAAUUCAGAUGAUAUAACUAUUACACCAACAAAGAACAUGUUUGUCAAAUCUAAUGUUAGGAAAGGCUUGCUACCUGAAAUUUUAGAGUCCCUGUUAGCUGCAAGAAAAAAAGCUAAAGCAGACUUAAAAGAAGAAAAAGACCCAUUUAAAAGAUCAGUUUUGGAUGGUAGACAACUAGCAUUAAAAAUAAGUGCUAAUUCUGUGUAUGGGUUCACAGGGGCACAAGUGGGAAAGUUGCCCUGUUUAGAAAUAUCAGGCAGUGUUACUGCUUAUGGCCGAACUAUGAUAGAAUUUACAAAAUCUGAAGUAGAAAAGAAAUACACUAAAACAAAUGGUUAUAAAGAAGAUGCUGUAGUUAUUUAUGGAGAUACUGAUUCCGUGAUGGUAAAAUUUGGCGUCAAAACACUUGAAGAGAGCAUGGAACUGGGAAGAGAAGCUGCGGAAUUUGUUACUUCAAAAUUUGUUAAACCUAUUAAAUUGGAAUUCGAAAAGGUUUACUACCCUUAUCUUCUUAUAAAUAAAAAGCGAUAUGCAGGCCUAUACUUUACGCGACCUGAUAAAUAUGAUAAAAUGGACUGCAAAGGCAUUGAGACAGUCCGGCGAGAUAAUAGCCCUCUUGUUUCUAAUAUGAUGAGUACAUGUCUACAAAAGCUAUUGAUAGACAGAGAUCCUGAAGGAGCCGUUAAUUAUGCUAAACAAGUCAUAUCUGAUUUAUUGUGUAACCGAAUUGAUAUAUCACAACUUGUAAUAACAAAAGAAUUAACAAAAAAUGAUUAUGCAGCCAAACAGGCUCAUGUUGAGUUGGCUGCUAAAAUGAAAAAACGUGAUCCAGGUACAGCACCAAAGCUUGGUGACAGAGUCCCCUAUGUUUUGUGUUGUGCUGCAAAAAAUACACCUGCAUAUAUGAAAGCUGAAGACCCAAUAUAUGUCUUAGAAAACAGUAUACCAAUUGAUUUUAAUUACUAUCUAGAAAAUCAGUUGUCUAAACCAUUACUAAGAAUUUUUGAACCUAUUUUGGGUGAUAAAGCAGAAUCACUUUUGUUAAAAGGAGAACAUACUAUGACAAAAGCCAUGGUGACUUCUAAAGUUGGUGCAUUGGCAGCCUUUACUAAGAAAAAAGAAAAAUGUAUAGGAUGCAAAAGUGUUAUGCCAAAUGAUACUAAAAAGGCAUUAUGCAACCAUUGUUUGAGUAAAGAAGGACAGCUGUACAUUACAGAAAUGUUUAAAUUGAGGCAGUUACAAGAUAAGUUUUCAAAGCUAUGGACUGAGUGUCAAAGAUGUCAGGGAAGCUUGCAUGAAGAAGUUUUAUGCACAAAUAGAGAUUGUACUAUUUUUUAUAUGCGAAAAAAGGUAGGAAUGGAACUUGAUGUGCAGGAAAAGACUGUUUUGAGAUUUGGUGAACCUGUUUGGUAAAAUUUAAUAUGGCAUGAUCUGUUUAAAAUAAAAAA